AUGGCACAAAGUUCCGACCUUGAUUUAAAUUCAAUUCAAGUCGUUGAAAUCCCAGUUCAGAUUAAAGAGGAAAAACUGUUCCUGGAUGGUCAUCGCAUUGAGCCGGAGGUCCACAAAGACCCAGUAGACGACAUUCAACCUGAACGUGAGCAAGUUCAUUCAAAUGUCGGGGAGAAAAAGCGCACAGCAGUCCGCACCCGGUUUUCAAUUUACCAGAGAGCAGAGUUGGAAGCAGCUUUUACGGCAUCGCCAUACCUUUCAGCCCAGAGGCGUAUAGCGCUGGCUGAACGACUGAGAGUCACACCGGUCGUCGUGCAGUCAUGGUUCAAGAACAGACGUUUCAAAUGGCGCAAGGAAGCACGGGAAGGAACACCGAAUACCGUAACGCUGCCCGCUGCACCGGCUUAUCUUCCCUUCAUAUAUCAGCCACCAUGUGCCUACGGCACUAACCCUGUUCCUGCGUCUCGUCCAUGCCAAGGUUGUUUAACUGGACAGCCAGCCGGUGAAUUCCAUGCCUUUGCAGACUUUUCAGUUUAUCCACACUAUCCUCACUAG